GACGGUCCGUAAUUUGAAUCUGCAAAUAGAGAAACCCCGCGAAUUGUUUGUGAUCGUUGUAUAUGGUUUGCGUGGUCCUGCUGUGCUUGUGAUUCUUUUGGUAGCUUUGUGUUGCCUGAACCACAUAUGGGCUACUGUGCCCUGCUGUGACAAGACAAGAGGUGGUCGUCAGCCUGAGGGAGCACAGAAUCAGAGCCAUGACCACUACAAGCAUGACAGCCAAACAGCAGCUGCUGGAGGCAGUGGAAGGACACCAGCCAGCUCCUUUCCUCAGCCUCAUUCAAGGCCAUGAGAAGAAACGUAAGACUGUAGACCUGGAGGAAGUGGUGUUGGAGUUGAGCCGUGGUGAAGUUAAGCAUGUCUGGGGCUGCCUUCAGGCUUGGGCUGAUGAGCAAGUGACAGCCUUUGUGGCAGAGCACCACAAUCAGAAUGAAGAAAUUGCAGCCUCUGGUACAAACAACAAAGACCAGGAAUCUACAAAUAAAUACAAUGAGAAACUACUUGAAGGAAUUGUGAAGUUUGCCCACAUAUACAUCAGUACCUUCAAGGAAGGCACUACCUUCAUCCCUGGAAAGAUGUUGGAGAUGACAUUGUUACUGCACGAGAUGUUGGCAGCAUUUAAUGGUUCUGUUAAGCUGGCUAUUGUGUCUCUGUGUGAGCAGUGGUGGCUGCAGGAACUAGAGGCACAGGAUCUGCUGGUGACCAAUGUUCUCUCUCAUUUGCUGGAAGCUACAACCAGGAACGGUGCCCAGAAGAAGGAAGUGCUGCGACUAUGGAAGCUACACAAUGCCCUUGCCACCAUUGACUUGGACAGCCCCAACAAUAAGAAGUUUGUGGAGCUGCUAACCUACUGCAUCUCUUGCCCAAUAUUCUUGAACUGUGACGAGGGCAUUAAGUGGCUGGUGGGGCUGUUUUCAUGGCCUUCACUAAUACCACUACUGCACAAGGAAGUGAGGUUGGCCAUCCCAGAAUGCACCCGAGCUCACAGUGCCAAAUAUGGAGAGGUAUACUUUAAAGCAUGGAAAGCCAGCCAGGGAGAUACAAAAAAGACGAUAGAGGAGGAGUGUAUACAAGAUCUUAUGUACACUGCCAUCCAUGCCAAUCCCAUGUCCUCCCGUCCUUCGGCCAACCUCCACCACUUACUCCACCACAUUCAUAGCUACAAGAAACAUCGUGCUGUCAGCAGUCUCAUAACUGAACUUUACCAGCCCAUCCUUUGGAGAUCCUUCACUGUAGCCAAUGGAUAUGUGCGCAUGAAUGCUACUGGACUGUUGUGUGAUGCCUUUCCCUUGAAUGACUACAACCUAAGCCAGGAAGAGCAGAGUAACCUUUUAGAGAGACAGUACCACACUCUCAAAACCCUGCUGUUGGACCCUUGCCAUCUGGUCCGCAUCACUGCUGUAAAGGGUGUGUUCAACAUUUUGUGCAAAUACUGGAUCAUGGUGCCCAAUGAGGUGAUCAAGGCAAUCUUCAAGACACUUCUCACUGUGCUGGUCUAUGAUGUGACCACAGCAGAGGUGCGGCUGGAGGUCAUUAAGGGCCUGACACUGCUGCUGGGCUCAGCAGAUGCCGUUCCCUUCCUAAUCCAAGUGUUGCCUCGUCUUGGGGAUGUAUUUGAUGAUGCUAAUCAUAAGGUACGGGAAGCCUUUGCAAAGCUGCUCUUGAAGGUGAAGGAAUCUCAGGCACUCAAAUACUGGGACAUCGUGUCAGUGCCCCAUCUGCUGCACCGUCUGGAACUGGACAACCCUAAAGUGGCUCAGCUUGUCUCCCGCCUGCUGCUGUCAUCCUUCCAUCCCUUCACCAAGACUGAUGAGGAACUUCUGCAGCGUUCACUGUCGCUGCUGGAGGAGAACCGCAUGGCUGCCCGAAGGUUUUACCAGUAUGCUGGCUCCAUGAUUAGCCUGCCCAAUGUAGUUCACUUCAUGUUGUUGCUGUGGUUGUGUCUUUCCAACCAUAUAGCAUUGCAUCGGCAGCAACAGCAGCAGCAACAGCAGCAGUCUGAUGAUGAAGAAAAUGAAGACAGUGAAGACAGUGGCAAGAAUGACUCUGGGAGGCAGCGCAAACAGCAGUCUGUCAGAGGUGGCCGGAGAUGCGAACGUGAUUCUUUAGUGUCCACCAGUAAUAAAGAAAAUGCUGCCGGAGCUGGUGGGACAGUGAGCAGCAAGACCUCCAUCCUUAGCAAGGACUUUGAGACAUCCAAAGUCCUUGCUGAAGGUGAUGAAGAAAAAGAAGAAGAGGAGAGUGAAGAUGAAGAGGUGUCCCCUUUAGACAACCUAGAUGUGCUGUGUGGUAUAUUGGAUACAGUGGGCAUCUUGUGGGCCACCAAUGCCCACAGGUUGGCAAAGCCUGAAAAUAACAAGUACUUGGAGGCUCUCAGGAAUAAGCUAUCCAGGAAUUUUCAACAUUUCUUCAAAUAUUUCAAGGGUAAUGCCGAUGCUUCAAGGACACUGCUCUAUAUAGCAAGCUUUUUACCCAAAUCCUUGGUGCCUACUCUGGUAGGACACUGCAUGUCCCAACUCAAGGCAAUUCAAGUUGAACAAGUUGUGUCUGGAAGUGACACCUCAUACAAGAGUUUCGUUAAUGCUCUAUGUAACUGGAAACAUGGAGAUAGUCUGCUGGAACUGCUCUCAGAAUGGCUGGAGGAAGGCUUCAAGAGUGGGUUAAUUACAGGAAAUAAGGAACGGAGGCGCAGCAGACGGCAAGUGAGGUUCUGUGAGACAAGCACACCCAAGCCUCAAGUGGCAUUACAUAUUCUUUGUCACAUCUUGGAACAUCCAAUUAAUAGAGUCUCCACACUGCAAAGACACAGGGCGCAACUGCUAGAUAUCAUACAGGAUCUUACUAAAGUGAAGGACCUGAUUACUGAACGGUUACAUCGCAACGAGGAGUUGUCAGAUUUGUGCUGUGAUACAUUUUUGUGUGAGUGUUGGUCCCUGUACCUGCGGCUGGUGGUGGUGUGUCAUCACAGUCCCUCCAAGGAGCCACCAGGGAAGCAAAGUAUAGGGCGGGAGACAGAAGACCUCAUCUUUCACAGUCCAGCUUGUGUCCUAGAGUGUUUAGAGUGGGCCUCAAGUACAUUAGUGCCUUACCUUGGAGAGAAGAAUGGAGGCAAAAGGAAACUUCAGGACACAGAGGAAGCCUUCACCCUCAUCACCACUUUGUUGAGGAGUCUUGUAACAUCCAGCACACACCUGCUCAUAAUUGGAGCAGCAAAUAUUCCUUUUGUAUAUAUGCUGAAUGAUUUUGUCAAGAUCCUCAUAGAAACAGAUAGCAAUGGAAUGUUCUGGGAAGAAGGUCUGUGUCUGGCACAGGAAAGCUAUGAGUUCCUGUGGGUGUAUGAGUCCAGUGAAGAAGAGAAGGAUGAGACCAUCAUCACUGGCAGUCGGCUUGCAAACAUUUGCAUAUCAUCAAUGGCAGAUUACUUCAAGCAUCAUGACCAGUUACCUCAGGAAUGUGAAUUAAGCAACACACUAGUGCAUCUUUUGAUGAGCCUUGGGCAGCGUUCUCGACAGGACCAGAGUUAUGUGCUGGAACAUUUGAUGUCCUGUGUGGUGGAGCAUCUUUGCUGGAGGAUAGAAAAGAACAAUGGAGUGGAUAAGGAAGCAAAGUGUAUACAACAUUUGGGAGGUUUUGUUGCCCUGCUGGUGGGGACCUUCCAGAAGCAGACCAAGCUCUCUAUAGUAGUAAUGGAUGCAUUCAGUCACUUUCUCUCCACAGCUAAUCAUGACAUGACAUCUCUACUUGCUGCCUGUCACCUGCUUGAGGUUUUGCUUCAAGACAGUGGCAAGAUUUCCCGUUACAGCCUGAAGCAAACAGUAGUGGCUGCAAACAGUGUUAUGUCAGCAGUUGCUUUGCCUGAGAAGGAAAGUGAGGAAGCAGACCAAGAGUCACCACUCAGUAUUUAUAAAGAUUCUGCCAAGACUGCCAAUAAGAUUCUGGACAACUUAAAGGAAUCCCUGAGUAUAGUGUAACUCCUUCCCAUAAUGCAAAAGGGGAGUAAAUGCACAGGGGAGGUAAAUUUAUGACCUGUUACCUAUAUUUCAAGGUACAUUAAACAGUUUGCUAUGUGAUCAUUCCUUUAAGGGAAAGUCAAAUAUGUUUAAACAUAGUACUUAGAGAAUUAUUCAUAGAAACCUGCCAGACGCUUGAUAAGUUAAGAGGAAACUCAAAUAUUCAAGUCAUCUAAUAGAAAAUAUUAAAACUAUAAAGAGUUUUCUAGAUUUUAAAUGUAGAAGAUUAUCAUAUCAGAAGUAUAAACCAAUGAUAUACUUUUGCACAAAUUGUUGUAAUGUUUUAAAAGCUUUCAAAUAAACCUUGCAUUUUUAAAUAA